CCUGAAAUCGCUAACCAAUAAACCAUCACUCUCGCAACCACUUACACUGCUGCUACCACUACUUCACAAUGUCAAUGUUCGCGAGCAUGCCCGAGGAGAAUGUUCAGAAAUCGUUCGAGGCGUUCUACGAGGAGUGGCUUGCGCGGCACGAAAAUUUCCUUCAGCAGCUUCUGAGCGUCACGCCCAAUGAUAACGACGCAGAACAGAGGAUGCUGAUCGAGCAAGUUAUGUGUCAUUACCAGCAAUUUUUGGAAGAGAAAUCGAACGUGGCCAACGGCGACGUUUUCCUUCUCUUUUCCCCGCCCUGGCUUUCCGCCUACGAGAGGUCGCUGCUCUGGAUUGGGGACUACAAGCCCUCGCUCAUUCUCCGUCUCGCCAACGGCCAUGUCACGGGCUUAACGGCGGAGCAGAGGGAGAAAAUGGAGCGAGUCGGGGACGAGACCAAGCGAGCUGAGAGAGAGGUUUCCGAGGCUAUGGCUUCCGUUCAAGAGAGCAUGGCAAGUCCGCGCAUGCUGGUGCUCGUCAGAGUGGUUGACGGCGAGAAAACGGAGCAGCAAGCGGCGGUUCAGGAACUCAAGGAAGCGCUUAAGAAGGUUUUCGAGAAAGGCGACGCGCUUCGCGCGUCGACGAUGAGGAAGGUGGUGGAGAUCUUAAUCCCGCCGCAGACAGUGCAGUUACUGGCGGCGACGAUGCGCUUUCAGAUGCGCGUGAGGAAGAACGGUUUGCACCUAGACGAGGUUGGACCGUCACGUUGACAUGUCUUUGUCAGCGUGUAUUCAUCGAAAAUCUAUACCGGACCACGCGCUAUUCUUGGCACGCGUCCUAUUUCCUAUUCGCGCGUUUUUUUGGCUUCUAAAGAAACC